UGCGCAUGCUCAAUGCGCAUUGGAAGCCAUGUUGGAGCUACAGUGGGUUCGGGCUGGGAUUUUCUGACGCCGUAUGUUUUUCUUAAAAUAUCUGUUUUCAUACAUUGUCGGAGUUCGUCAAACGUCCGCGAUCGGCGCCGUAAUCGGCAUUGGAAAUGAUGAACUCCAGUGUCGACUUGUCCCGGCGGAAUCCGCAGGAGGAUUUCGAGCUGAUCCAGCGGAUAGGAAGCGGCACCUACGGAGAUGUGUACAAGGCCCGUAAUGUAAACACAGGAGAGCUGGCUGCUAUCAAAGUCAUUAAACUGGAACCGGGUGAGGACUUUGCUGUUGUCCAGCAAGAGAUUAUAAUGAUGAAGGACUGUAAACACUCCAAUAUUGUAGCCUAUUUUGGCAGUUAUCUCCGGAGAGAUAAGUUAUGGAUCAGUAUGGAGUACUGUGGAGGAGGUUCUCUGCAGGACAUCUAUCACAUAACCGGGCCUUUGUCAGAGUCACAGAUAGCCUACAUGUCUCGGGAGACCCUGCAGGGUUUAUACUACCUACACAAUAAAGGCAAAAUGCACAGAGACAUUAAGGGAGCCAACAUCCUCCUGACAGACAACGGCUAUGUUAAACUCGCUGACUUUGGUGUAUCGGCCCAGAUUACAGCAACUCUAGCCAAGAGGAAGUCCUUCAUUGGAACUCCGUACUGGUUAGUAACUUGUGCUUACUUUUCUCCAUUAGCUCCCCUUAUACUGCAUAUGGACAUGCAUGCAGGUAGAAUGAUGUACCAAAGACUUGAGUUUAAAUCUGUCUCUCUCUUUUUCCUCAGGGCUCUCUUCUUAAUGACCAAGAGUAAUUUCCAGCCUCCUAAGUUGAAAGAUAAAGUGAAGUGGACAAAUAACUUUCACCAUUUUGUAAAACUGGGCCUCACCAAGAACCCAAAGAAGAGGCCCACAGCUGAGAAACUGCUGCAGCAUCCUUUUGUGUCCCAGCCUCUCAGCAGGACGCUGGCAAUAGAACUGCUAGACAAAGCCAACAACCCCGACCACAGCACCUACAAUGACUUUGAUGACGAUGACCCUGAACCAGAGUCUCCGGUAUCUGUUCCUCAUCGUAUUCGUUCCACCAGCAGGAGUGCCAGAGAGGGAAAAACACUGUCAGAGAUUAACUUUGGUCAAGUGAAGUUUGAUCCUCCCUUAAGAAAGGAGACCGAACCUCAUCAUGAACCGUGUGAAUCUGAGCCCUAUCUGGACUGUGUUGAGGAGCUCUACUAUACCGCGAGAUCUAAUCUGGACUUGCAGUUGGAGUACGGGCACGAUUCACCAAGUCUACUGGGAGGUAACAAGAGUCUUCUCAAAUCUGUGGAGGAGGAACUACAGCAGAGGGGCCAUGUGGCACACUUAGGGGAUGAUGAUGAUGAGGAUGAUGAUGGUGCAGAUGAUGAUGAAACUCACACUCAUAAAUCAAGCACUAUCAUGAGGCCAAAGUUCCCACCUCCCCUUCCUCCCAAGCCCAAGUCGAUCUGCUCGUCCCAACCACAGCAGCAGCAGCAGCAACAACUAAAACACGACGACAGCCAAUCACACAGCGAGGACGACGGCGGAGGGGGAGGGACCAUCAAACGCUGUCCAGUCCCAGACACGCCGAGCCCCGCCAAGGCCGCCUCCAACGUCCCUCCGCGGCCCCCGCCCCCAAAGCUGCCGCCCCACCGCCGCAGUAGCCUAGGUAACGAGAGCCCGACGUGCGCGGACGUCGAAAACUCUGCUCCAGAGGAUGAUGGGAGCUUUAGGCAUUUCUGGGAGUGGCUCCACACGCCUCACACAGAGGAGGAGCUGGAGGAAGCAUGGGAGGUGCUGAAGGAGGUGAAAGAGGAGCAGGAAAAAGAGAAGGAAGAGGAAGAGAGUAACGGGUUGAACACAGCUCCACAUCCACAGGGAGAGAGGGAGAGUCCAGCAGACAGACAGUCCACCAUGCCCCCUAGUGUCCCCAUACGGAAAGACAAGAAGGACGUUCCGAAGCCAAUCAGUAAUGGUCUCCCUCCUACACCCAAAGUCCAUAUGGGUGCGUGUUUCUCCAAGGUGUUCAACGGCUGUCCUUUGAAGAUCCACUGCGCCACCUCUUGGAUCAAUCCCGACACCAGAGACCAGUAUUUGAUAUUCGGAGCAGAGGAGGGAAUCUACACAUUAAACCUUAAUGAGCUACAUGAGACCUCCAUGGAACAGCUCUUUCCUCGGCGGUGCACUUGGCUAUAUGUCAUGAACAAUUGUCUUCUUUCCAUAUCUGGAAAAGCCUCACAGCUGUACUCCCAUAGUCUGAGCGGUAUGUUUGAACAGGCCAGACAGUUACAGAAGUUACCAGUAGCCAUUCCCACACACAAGCUGCCUGAUAAGAUGAUUCCCAGGAAGUUUGCUGUGUCCAAUAAAAUUCCAGACACUAAAGGGUGCCAAAAGUGCUGCGUAGUUCGUAACCCGUACACAGGCCAUAAAUACCUGUGUGGAGCCUUUCAGUCUAGUGUCAUGCUGUUGGAGUGGGUGGAGUCCAUGCAGAGGUUCAUGCUCAUCAAGAACAUCGACUUCCCGUUGCCGUGUCCGUUGGAGGUCUUUGAGAUGUUGGUGGUCCCAGAGCAGACUUACCCUCUGAUCUGUGUGGCGGUCAGUAAAGGCACCGAACUCAACCAGGUGGUCCGGUUCGGCACCGUCAACCCCAACUCUACCUCCUCCUGGUUCACAGAAGCAGACACGCCGCAGACGUGUGUGAUUCAUGUCACUCAGCUAGAGAGAGACACUAUCCUAGUCUGCCUCGACAGGUGUAUAAAGAUAGUGAACCUCCAGGGCAGGUUAAAAUCCAGCAGGAAGUUGUCAGCCGAGCUCACCUUCAACUUCCAGAUUGAAGCCACAGUUUGCCUCCAAGACAGUGUACUGGCCUUCUGGAGGCAUGGCAUGCAGGGACGCAGUUUCAAGACCAAUGAGAUCACCCAGGAGAUCUCUGACAGCACACGCAUCUUCAGACUACUGGGCUCAGACAGGCGUUUCGACUGUAGAGAUCCAGACGCCGAGGAUAGAGGCCUUACUCUGCCCAGGGUGGUGGUGCUGGAGAGCAGGCCUACAGACAACCCUACUGCCCACAGUAACCUCUACAUCCUGGCAGGCCAUGAAAACAGCUACUGAGAGACACACACACACAGACACAAACACACACACACACACACACAGACCCGCACAUUAUCACACCCUCUAACAGCCUACAACAGACACAGUCACCCCAACCUAACCGCUAACCCACCCAACCUCCUGCGUAACUGGGAGAUGAGCUGUUCAUGGGUGCAGAUGUUGAUUUCCAGUUGCAGACGUUUGGAAAUGCACUGCAGUUACAGUUACAUGUGUAUUAGUUAAGCGUGUUUUAGUAGGGCAGCGGGUUGUGGAGCUGUUUCUGACAGGGCGAGGGUUAAAACUUCUGGUCUGAGGCCAGUUUAGGUUGAGAUAGCCGAGGGAAUCUGCACCUCAGUCAAGCAACUUCAACCGAAAAUCCUUCCUGAUACCAUCCCACCUUUACUGCACUCUGGGGAAACUGCAUCCAACACAGAUGUCUGACAUCAACACUACUUCUACAACUAGUUCUACACUUAGUACUACUGCUACUGCUACUCGCGCUAAAGCUUCACAGAAGAGCCAUCUUGCACAGAAAACCUUUCUCUAUUUCAUCAUCCUUACCCCUCUUUCUUUCUUAUUUAUUGUGGCAUGAUGUAACUUAAACAACCAGGAUGACUUUCCUGUUUUAGUUUUUUUUUUUUUUUUUAAAGGAUAAAAAAAAGAGAAAACAGACUAAAAAGCUUUGCCACCUCUGCUAGCAUUGAAUCCGAUAUCACGUCACAACACCACACAAGUGCUUAAUUGACAUCUAUUUAAUUGUUGUAAAUAUUAAUGUAGUAUUUUUUUGACAGAGACGAACACUAAAAAGACUGGUCAUGUAGAUAGGCGUGUGUAUAGUCUGUACAACUGUGGAGACAAACGGAGAGACAGACAGGCGUGGAGGAGGAGUGACGGGGCAGUAAAUUCACUCCCCAGAUCCUGUGACGAGGGUCUGGAAGCAAAGACCCGUGCAGUCUCCUCAGGUGGACAGCUUUAGCAGUCUGGUUAUACUCUAAUAAUCUGGAGCUCAGGAUUGAACUGAGCAAACACAGGAAGCAGCGCUGAUUGGUCAUUUUCAUGGUGCAUCUGUCACCUGCGGAACUUCCUGCUCGUUUGCACCAUAGCGACAGUUGUCGGGGCGACGGACGUUACAAAUACAGCUCAUUUAAGUUUAUUUCUUUUGUUUGGACAUCUUCCCUUUGUUGUUUUUUUAACAUUGUUUUAAUCAAAAUGCUUUUUUUUUUCAUUUUGCUAUUUUUUUAUUUUUUAUCGAACCACUGGUGUUCAGAUUUGCACAGAGAAAAAGGUAUUUGGUAGACAAAUGUGAUGUCAUUAUAAUAUAUGACUUUGUGUGUAUGCACAGUAUGUUUGUGUGUGUAUGUGUGUGUGCGUAGACGUAGAAUAUGCACAUACAAGUGCGUCAUGUACAGAUCUGGUCUUGAACACGUGACAGUUGUUUCCGCCCGAGGUCACUUACAAAAAAAGCACCAACAGAUAAUAAAAACCAAUAAAAAAGCUGAAUUUACACAGAAGGACACAUCAUUUAUAUUUAUUCAGUAGACCUGAGAUAUAUAUAUAUAUAUUCACUGCAAGCCAUAUUUUUAAGCAUUAAAUUGAACUUCUGUGGUAUUCCACAGGAGUUUGCAUCAUACAAAAGUGCAAGGAGCAGUUCUGUAAAAGACAACUACAUGAAAUAGUUUAUUAUAUAUCACUAUGAAUAAUCUGGAACCGUUUGAAUAACGAGUGGCAGAAAAUCCUUCCCAUAUGGUACUCCAAAGAGGAUAAAACAAAGGCUACAAAUUGUUUUAAAAUUCUGCUAGAAACAGAUCUAGAAAGCAUGGACACAUUAACUUUACAGAGUAAGAUAAAGAGCUAAAGGCCCGAGCCUAGCACUAGCCUCUACUAGGCAGGAAAUGGAACUUCUGUGUAAGUCCAAAUGUUGUAGUCCUUUUAGUCUUAUUUGGAGAACUUUUUUAAACUUUGGCCUUCAUUGUUGUGACUUUUUUAAAGGCCGGCAUCUGUAUAAGAAUUCACUACAUGCAUGUAGAUGUGCACUGUGUGGUGUCUGUGUGUGUGUAGGAGAGUCUACAUGUGGCUGUACACUACCAGUCUUUACAAGCUGUGACUUCAGAGGGAGUGAACGCUAGUGUGGCUGAAUUUAACUGAGACAACAUCGCUAAACCUGAGAUCUUAAAGAGCUGAAACGUUUGGGUUCAUCUUUCAAGUGGGCCACUUUCUAGGAGUCAAUAUCUAAUUCAUUUUUUCAUUUUCUCCAUAGAAACCCAGGUAUAAGCUUAUGAAUAAAUCAACCAGCUACCAAAUACACAGUAUCUAGCCAAACAAGAACAACACGUGUUUAAUCAAAUUCAAAGUUACUGAACUGCUAACAUCAAAGCUAAAAUCCAAUUGACACAAAAGCAACGGCAACAGUUACAAAUUUUUAAAAUGUUCUACCUACUGAGUAAAUGGAAAAUGUAUUAAUGAACAGUUCAGCUCCUUUCAGAUGAGUCACUGAAUGUUACUACGGUGGUUUUUAUAAGAGACACGUCACCAUGUUGGGGGACAAUUUAAGAAAAGAAUGUAAAACCGUUCUGUGAAAGGUUUUCUUCCACUGUACAGAAGUCAUAACCUUUUCUUUUUUUUUUGUCACUACCAACAUGGCAGCAUGUCCCUCCUUCAAACGUUAAGUGACAGGAACCACACCCUACACACUAUUUCACUAUGCUUUCAUGGGGUUUAAACACAUCCUCUUACUGGAUUCCAGCUCCUGCUGCUUUAUUGCACUGUUGUGGCAACGUAGCUAGCUUGAAUCCACUGUGAGGAUAUCAAUUAUUUGUGUACUUUUUUUGUGUUGUAUAACCUGUGCACACCUUUCUUGUAUAAAAUGCCCACAGAGUGUAGCUUUGCACCUGGAAAACAAAUGCCAGAAAUAUGAACCAUAUAAGACUUGAAGAUAGCAAACUUAAUUGCCAUGUAUUGCGUUUGGCGUGGAAAAUGUAUCCCCUUAUGUGGUGCCCUUCAUAGAACUCACUACCACAGAUGAGCAACUUAGCCACGAUCGAGCUAAUAUAUGUGCUUCUAGCCAACACCCAUUAAUAGAAACGUGUCAUAGAUUGAGUGCUGCAACCAAGUUUUGUUAUUAUUAUCUAACAAAACUAUUUUUUACAUCAUUCAGUGUCAAAAACAUGGGACUACCCAUCAAUCAAUUUCAUAUUUAUGCUUAAUUCAGUUGAUUUUUUAUUUUAUUUUUUUCUUAGCGGUUCAUCAUAGUUUAGGGGGAAAAUAUGGAUCACACAUUCAUUUACAUUAGGGAUCGGUCGAUGUGAAAAAUAUAUUUUUAAUUUUUAAAUGAACAUUUUUAUGGCCAAGUUUAGAUAGUCUACCUCAAAUGUCCUAGAUUUAAAAAAUCUUAUUCUAGUCCUUUUCAAAAAUACAGACAUCCACAGUGUAUAAAGUUAAAGGUAAUCAAACUGUCUUCUCUAAAACUCUUGUUAAAUAUCUUUGUCCUCUCCGUUGACAUAGGUAAAUGAUCAGAAGAUGAGAAAUUAAUACAAUUGACUAAAACACACAAAGACCAAAUGAAAGAGAGAUUCUACUGAAAACGACUUCUUUUUUAGGGGUUUCUCUCGUUCCUGAAACAUCCAAUUCCUUUUUAGUUAUAAUAUAUCAAGCCUAAGUUAAAACUCAUCCUGUAUCAUAGCUGUGGGAUUGAACACUGAUUCUAAUGUUGCUGUCAUAGACAUUAGAUCAAGCUAAGUAUAUUCCCCUGAAGCAGACGCCAACAUGGCCUUCCGUUGGGCUAAAGUGUUAAAGUCCAUUUUAUUUUAUGAGCUCAACUACUCCUAGGUCAAAUAAUGUGUGAAAAUAAUUCAAAGGGAUUGUUUGAAGAUGAUGUAGACAUGUGAUAUGUUCAUUUCUUGAAUGUUAAAAGAAAGAAUAGUAAAUUGGCAUUCGGUUCUUUAUGGCUCUCAUAGUGUCCGUGCAGUAAACCCGAUAUAUCUGGCGCUCCGAGCAGAUUAAAGUAAACACAGAUGAGUUAUUUCCAAAAGCUGUUUGAUCCUCCCAAUAUAAAACAAAACACAAAAAGCCUCCUCUGUUCUGUCGCUUUUGCAUCACCUUUGUCUUUUGUUUUCAUAAUGCAAAUGCACACGUUAUAAAAUGUAUAUAGUGUAAAAUAAAAAUGGGUUUGUUUUACAUACUGUAUAAUUGCCUAUAUUUUGUUUCAGAAGUGUAACAGAUUUAUGAGAUGACAGGUUAACACAUUAAAAAGAAGGAACUCAAA